AUGAAAAUCGGAAAUGAUGUCUCUAUCUUAAAAUAUUAUGGUGAUAGUGAAACUCUUUGGCUCAAGUAUAUUCAGUCUCAAUUAUUUUAUAACGAGAUUUCAAUUUUAGAUAGGAAAAUUGAAUUAGACCGGAACAGUCCAUUGCUAACAUUAAAUCCGUUCCUUGAUGAAAACAAAAUCCUUCGCGUUGGAGGAAGAUUAGCUAACGCAGCAAUUGAAUUUAAUCGAAAAUUCUCAAUUAUUAUCAAGGCACAUCCUUUAGUAACUUUGCUAAUACGAUAUUUUCAUAGAAAAUGUUUGCACGGAGAAACGCAAUUGACUUUGAGUCUGCUAAGACAAAACUUUCAGCUCAUCCGAGGAAGACAAACAGUUAAGUCCGUCAUCUACAAAUGUAUACCUUGUGCUCCAAUUCGUGCGGAUAUUUCAAAUGAAUUAAUGGGUGCGUUGCCUAAAAACCGUACCACGCGACUUACAAGACACUUUACUCACGUUGGUAUCGACUAUGCAGGCCCGGUCCAAGUAACGAUUCAUAGGGGUCGAGAAUACAAGUCUCAUUCAGGUAAUAUAGCUGUGUUUAUUUGUUUUGCUACUCGAGCCAUUUACCUCGAAUUAGUCAGUGAUUAUACUACUGAAGCAUUUCUCGUUGCACUUAAGCGUUUCGUUUCCCGUCGAGGAUACCUCACACGAUUCACAGUGAUCGAGGGACGAAUUUCCAAGGUGCUAGUCGCGAACGUGACGAAACUUUCCAAAGGGUGA